UAUACGGUAUCGCGUUUGUUGGAAGUAAGGGGUUCGUUUUAUACCCCUGUUCUUUGUCAGUAUUUCAUUGUGCUAGUCUAAUUUACAGAUGCGAAGCACUUAUGAGUUGAGGGCGGAUUUUGUUCCAUUUCAAGAAGCUACGAAGAAGCUAAAGUGCCUUUGCACAUUAGCAAGCCGCUAAAGUAUUGGUAAGCUAGUGGAGAUUUUCCCACUCAGUGGGUUACAUAUGGUCGUAAUGUCGGUCCUUGUUUUAAACCUCUCAGCCCAUCUUCGUUCGUCUAUGCAGGCUGAAAGUGUCGUAGAUGAGGGACGUUUCAUUUAAGAAUGGAGGAUUUAACUAGUGAUGAUGUCUGCUAUAAUAGUGUGGCGUUACACUAGUGGUCGUGUCUUGGGAGGAUGGGGCCCGCUGCUGUGUGUCCUCAUUGGGUCUCUGGUGGCACUCUUGAUGCCAUUGGUAGGGAUCGAAGAACAGUGCUGUGCCACACUGAAGGGCAUUGCUCAAAUACGCUGCCAGCUGUGGGGAAGCGCUCAAAAACCGACUGUACAAUCUACCAGUCUCACGGUCCCCUUUACUGCUCUUGAUCUCCUGCCUCAUAGGUUCAAGCCAAGCAGAGAGUCUGAACUGGAGGCCAAAGCAGCACUGCAGCAGGCUGUGGAGAUGAAGAAGCAGGGGAAGAGAGAGAAGGCCCACAAGUUGCUGGUGCAUGCACUUAACAUGAACCCAGACUUUGUGGAUGCCCUGACUGAGCUUGGGACCAUUUUGGAGGAGGAGAAAGAUGUUGUUCAGGCAGACCACCUCUACACCAAGGCCCUGGCCAUCUCUCCAUGCAAUGAGAAGGCUCUGGUCAGCCGAGACCGCACUCUUCCUCUGGUGGAGGAGAUUGACCAGCGUCACUUUGGCAUCAUCGAUAGUAAGGUGCAAAGGCUCAUGUCGAUUCCUAAGGGAAAUUCUGCUUUGCGGCGGGUGAUGGAGGAAACCUAUUACCACCACAUAUACCACACAGUGGCCAUUGAAGGCAACACACUCACUCUGUCUGAAAUCCGUCACAUUAUUGAGACGCGCUACGCUGUGCCUGGCAAGAGCCUGCAAGAGCAGAGUGAGGCAAUUGGUGUAGAUGCAGCCAUGAAGUACAUCAACACCACUCUGUUGUCAAGAGCAGGAGCCAUCACUGUCACCGACAUCCUAGAGAUUCACCGGCGUGUGCUUGGCUAUGCAGACCCAGUGGAGGGAGGGAGGCUGCGUACCAGUCAGGUUUUUGUGGGUCAACACAUCCCACCCCACCCUCAGGACCUGGAACAACACAUGCAAGAGCUGGUUCAGUGGCUCAACUCUGAGGAAGCUCUGCAGCUGCACCCUGUGGAAUAUGCUGCACUCGCCCACUACAAACUGGUGUACGUGCACCCAUUUGUGGACGGCAAUGGACGCACGUCACGCCUGCUAAUGAACCUUGUGCUCAUGCAGGCGCGUUAUCCACCUAUUACAAUUCGUAAAGAACAAAGGGCCGAAUAUUAUGCAGUUCUGGAUACAGCCAAUGAGGGAGAUGUUCGCCCCUUUAUUCGUUUCAUAGCCAAAUGCACAGAAAUCACCUUGGACACACUUUUGAUUGCUACGACUGAACACGCUGUAGGGCUGCCAGGAGCCAGUCACCACCAAGCCUGCCCUGACUGCAAACAGACUAUACCAGUACACAACUGA